AUGGAGCCAAAUCUGCCAAUUGUUACAAAAAAGGUUUGGAACAUAGUACGUACCAUGUUUUACAUGUUAAGGAAAGGCAUAUCCAAGGGAAAAUUAAUGGCUGAACUCAACAUGAUGUUCAAACGUUGGAAGAUUGCAGGGAAAGCCAUACAAAAUCUCAUGUUCCACCACGCCCACCACUGGUCCGCCGCCGCUACAGGUCGUCGCAGUUCACCACUUGACCUACCAAAUGAAUUCGAAUUCAGCUGCAGUAACAGCCCGGCUUAUCUUAAUUUCCAGCUUCCAUUCCACCUCAACAAACGUAAGCAGAACAACAGUGUUUUCUCUCCGUCGCCGCCGGCGACGGAGGAGGAUUUUAUGAAUAUAACUGCGGUGGAGAAGACGCUGGAGGUGUUUUACAGCGCGGCGGCGUCACCGGCUUUUCUGGGAUCUGGGAAGAGCCCUAUUAUUAGGCAGGUGAGGGUAACAGAUUCUCCAUUUCCACUGAGAAAUGCUGGUGGCGAUAAUCAUGUAGACGAAGCUGCUGAGGAGUUCAUAAUGAAGUUCCGCAAUGAUUUGAAGAGGCAAAUUGAAAUUGCAAUCCGUCGUCGAGGAUCAUAA